AUGCUCCUUACCCUGGACGCGGAUCAGCUGCUUGAGAAGCGAGUGCGAUCGCGCUUCUCCAACCGCAAAAUCAUCUUCCUUCCGCCGCAGCCUUACGACCUUGUCAGAUUGCUUCACUCAACCCUCACUCUCCCAGCGCAGAGGCCACCAUCCGUCUCCCCUGCUCCUCCCAACCCUGAUUCAUCUGCUCCUCCACUUCACCACAACACCACUGCACCUGCUACCAAUGCUCCUCCUAACGCCACCGAUUCUUGGGCUGCAUUCGCAGCGGGGUUCAACGAACGGGUGGAAGCGGUUUUCCAGCAUCCCUCGGUGCUGGCCGUUUUGCUGCAGUCGACCGCGGUCAACCGCACAGCACCACACAUUUUCAAGCUCGGGUUCCGAGCAGUGUGCGAGAUGGUGAGGAGAGGAGGUCAAACUCUUUCGGUGGCUGAUUUUGAAAGGGCGUAUGCUGCCACCACACAGCCCAUCCGGCAGCAGAUGCUCUCAGGCCUGUCAGUCCUGGAGCUCUAUCUGCUAGUGGCAUUCCACCGCACCCAAGCACGUGCUGCGGCUGGCGCUGGUGGCACUGCUGCUGGUGCUGGUGGGGCUGGUGGGGCUGGUGGGGCAGGCGGCACUACAGUCGAAGGAGCAGCAAGUGGAUCACACCCUAUAAAUUUCCACACAGCCUUCAAAGAGUAUGAGUCUCGGAGAGUGGCGGCCAGAGGCUCUGUCUCUGAUGUCUUCUCUCAAGAAUCCGCCUUACAGGCUUACGGGCGGCUUAUAGAUGCCAAUUUUGUAGCGGUUGCCUCUGGGCAGCAACCAGCCAGUGUGGAGGACCUUGAAUUCUUACCUGCCCGUUUGCUGGUUACUGCAUACGAGCUAGAAGAGGCUAUCAACAAGAAUCCACGUGUUCCUGUAAGCGCAUCGAAGCUGAUCGACUCGUAUGUCGCGUCCCCUUUCGGCGCGCGCACGGGGGUCACUUUCCUCGCGCCGACCGAUGACGCGUUCGCGGCGAUGCCGGCGCAAGACGCGGAGAUGCUGCGCACGAUGCCGUGGGCCAUGGCCAGCCAGCUGCUGUUCCACGUCGUCAAGAAGCGGCUGACGCAUGUGCAGCUGCGCUCCGCACGCCCCGAAACUAAGUACGGCACUCUUUCCAACGUCGCCGUCGUCAAGGUGUACGCGCCCAUCCUCGAGUUUGGCCCGGCAGGCUCGCCCUAUGGGCCGCAGGUGUCGCGCGCUAAUGCAUAUGUGGGAGACAGCAUUGCCGUGCAUGGAAUCACGGAUGUCAUGGACCCGGGUCUCUACUCGCGCCAGUUCAUCCGCCCCCUCGUGCAGAUGAAAGCAGUCUCUGACGACCCUGCGCUGGCCCAGGCCCGGGCACACCGUGGGCGACUGGCAUGUGAAUCUGUGCUGGCAGCGCUGCAGAAGAAAGGACUCUCUCGCUUCACUGAGGCGCUCCAGAAGGCUGAGCUUCAGGAGUAUCUAUGCCGCAAGCUCGAGACCCAAGAGCUGACACUGAUGGUGCCGUCGAACGAUGCUUGGGAUCACUUGGCGCCUGCUGUUGCUGACUCUAUUGCGGACAACCCACAGAAUAUUAUCCAGGUGCUUCUUUUCCACAUCCUUGAGACAAGACUCACUGCAGCUGACCUUCGCAGCUCGGCACCCGGUGACGAGUUUCCAACAGCUUCGAGACAUCCUUUGGUUCGCCUCGCUGUUCCUGGGGUGCAAUUUGGUGGGAAAGGUGCAAGCGAUGGGGCUCACCUUGUAGCUGCGGACGUUAUUACAAACGAGUUUGUGGUGGUGCACAUGGUGGAUGAAGUGAUGGUGCCACCACGGAAAAAGGCCUACAGCUAG